AACUCGUAUCAAUGAGUGUCUGACAAAGUCACGUUAUAUUACGAUAUUGGUCAUUUCUCUUGUGUGUCUCACCCUUUCCAUCAUAAGUAUAUCACUUCAUCUAAUGGCGUUCGCGUUCGUGAAAAGUCUGAGAAACCUUCCUGGGAUGAACUUAGCCACUCUUUGCUGUUUUCUGCUGAUGGGAUAUAUUGCGUUCAUCAGCUCAGACAGGGAACCCAAAACGACCCCGUGCUACUUGGUAGCAUCCGCUAUUUACUUUUGUUUUAUUGGGUCCUUUUGCUGGAUGAAUGUGAUAGCUUUUGAUACUUGGCUGACUUUCAGAACAGGCACUACAGUUGUCAGGUCGCUGGAGACCUGGAGACUUUACAGAAGAUAUUCUCUCGUCAGUUGGUCAUUGUCGGUCUUUGCUGUGGCUUCGCUGAUCGCUGUCGACAACCUUAAGCUACCAGGAAUACCCAAGUCUUUGCUACCCAAACUAGGAGAAAAUUGGUGUUGGUUUGGAGAAAGGUUAUCAUUACUACUAUUCUUCGUCGCGCCUAUGAUGGCAUCUAGCAUUUUCACAUUAGUCUUUUUCAUCAAGACGUCACGUCUCAUAUCUAGAGAUCAUCAAGAACUAAGCAGGAUUCCGGGAAUCCAAAGAAACAGGAACUUAUUUAAAACUUACAGAAGGCUCGCAGUUUCAAUGGGGCUUACUUGGGUGACUGCUGUGGUGGCUAGUUUUGUGGAAAUCCCAUUUGUGUGGUAUAUUUUUACAUUUUUGAAUGGUUUGCAAGGAGUUUUCAUUUUCGCCACAUUCACCUGCCAAAAAAGAGUGUGGGAGAAUAUCGUGAAGGUUUGGAAACGAAAGAAUACUGACGUAGAUCACGGAGGAACCUGGCCUAGAAGAAAUACUUCCUUAAGCAGGCAUCAACAAAGGCGCUUGGAACUACUGCACGUUUCUACAUCCUAUGAUCUGGCACACCCUCCAGCUCCAGUGACUGGAGUCCAUCCACAGCAGCAGUUGACACCAAGCAAGAAACUUCAUGCAAAUACAAUAUAUUAUUUUCAUGGUACGUGGAAAAAAUGUUGA